AUGCAAGAUUUCCGCGUCACGCAAGCUAUCACUAAAGAUGACACAAAUGAAAACCUCUUUGACUUUUUCGAGAUCCUUCUCCUGACUCGUGCCACGGAAGACUUGGAGGCCGAGAAAACUGCAAAUGAGGAACAGGUUCGAUACCUGAGGGAGAAGCUUCCACCGCUGCAGCUCAGUGGGUUAAACAUUGAUGAUCUGCAGAUCAACAAGUUGAAGCUAAAGGUACAGGACCUUGGAGGAAAGUUUAAGAAACCAGCUCUCAGGAAGGUGAGAGUGUCAGCAGAUGAGAUGUUGAAAGCUCUGUUUGGAUCGAAAACUAAGGGCUCCAUGGAUCUGAGGGCCAAUCUCAAGUCUGUAAAGAAAGAAGACAUCAAACAAGAGAAGGAGCUGACGAUGGAGGUGGGUGACUGGCGUAAAAAUGUGGAGGCCAUGUCUGGUAUGCAGGGCAGGAAGAAGAUGUUUGAUGCUGCUGGUGGGGCCCAGUGA